AUGUCUACCUUUAUGCAGUGCCCCCACCCCAACUGCGACCGCUGCCUGUCGAUGCCCAAGAUGAUCCAGGCCGGUCCCCAGAAUGCCCGCCCCGCGCCCACCCCCAAGGCCCCCUCCGUCUUCAAGAGCCUCUUCAAGCGCGAGAGGAAGGAGAAAGCCCCUGUGGAGGACGACGACGGGAUUAUUGACGCUAAGUACGAUUUCUCUUUGGAUUUCGAGUGCCAGGGCGACCUCGCGGAGGUCGUCAAUGUCCGUGCGGUGUUCACCGUUCAGGGCGGCGAGAAGUCCGAUUCAUCAACCGGGGCCCCGCGUCGCGUGCACUUCGAGUCGAGGUGGAAGGAUGAUGGACAGGUACCGGGAUGGGGGCUGCCUCACGUGCUUUUGUAUCCGAAGGCGAUCUCGAGCCCGUUCAUAACCGCCUCCCGCAGUAUGAAGACGUGGGCGCAUGUAUCCAGGGUGUUACCAGUAGAGGUCUGGAGGAGGACGGAUUGGAGUAGAAUAGAUACUGCCUCCGCAGAGAUCCUCGGAAAGCUACGACUAUCACAACAUUCCCGCUAUACACUUCCCACAUCUCACUCUCCUCUCCAGAUCCCAACCCCGCCCACCCCAGCAAACACGAGUAAGUGGCAGACCCCUCCGUCCCAGCCACGCGACCUCACCUCCCGCGGUCGCCCGCCAGGCCUGCUCUGGGGCGCGGGCCUGGGCGAACGCGGGAGGCGGGGCCCCCGUGUGGGGAGGGCGUUUGUCCUCAAGACCGAGGCGGUUUCUCUGUCGACUCGGGCGUGCGCGGUUAAUGCGAGUGUGAAGCCGAGACGGAUGGCAAGGCAGUUCUCCUCAACUGUGAAAUCUUUUCUCCGGCCGCCAGCCUUGCGGUCUCUUCAGCGAACCUUCAUGGUAUCUAGCGUAGAUAUCAUGGCUGGUUCCCCACAACCUUCCUCCAGAUCAACACCAGGCUCUCGCCGGACCCACGCUCUCUAG